UUGUAUGAGAUUUAUACAGACGGGUAUACAGUGUAUUUGAUCUUGGAGUUAUGUGAAGGGGGUCAGCUUUUUGACAGGAUUGUUGAGCACUACGAGCGGCAGCGGCGUGCCAUAACGGAGCAGCAGGUGGCAGCGUGGAUGACGGAACUGCUAUCUGCCGUUGCGUAUUGUCAUUCGAAGGCGAUCGUACAUCGCGAUAUAAAGCCGGAGAAUAUUUUGUUCGUGGAUGGGAGUGAGUGUGCCCCUUUGAAGUUGAUUGACUUCGGGUUGAGUUCGUCGUUGGAGAAGAUCCGUGAGACGCAGCAUGAGGAAGUGGCUCGGAAGGGCGGUGUGCCUGGCAUGUUGGCGAAAAUGAUGCCAAAGAUUGGAGGGAAGCCGUUGGUAUCGACGAACACAAAGAAGUUGAAGAUGCAGCGUGCGGGAACGCCACACUACAUGGCACCCGAGAUGAUCCGGGGUGCUUAUGAUUGCAAGUGCGACUUGUUCUCUGUUGGGGUCAUCAUGCACCAAAUGCUGUCCGGCGUACACCCGUACUACGUUCCAGGCGUGGACGAUGAAAAAAGCGUGGAAGUAAAAAUCCUCGAAACCAUUCCCCCUCUAACUGGUCCGGAAUGGUCCUUCGUCUCACCCGCCGCCAAGGAUCUCUGUCGCAGCCUACUCCGUCGCACUCCGACUAAACGACUCAGCGCGAGGGAAGCACUGCAACAUGCCUGGUUCGAACUCGUCAAGGCCAACACCUCGACACCCAGCAUCGUCUCCAUGUCCGUCUUCGACGGACUCCGCAACUGGCAAAAUGAAAACAAAGUCAAGCAGGCAGUCGUACAACUCAUUGCUAGAGAACUUAGCGAAAAAGAAAUCUGUGACUUACGACGGAAGUUCAAGACUCUAGAUAAAGAACACGACGGCAUGAUCUCACUAGAAGAAGUACGCGAAGCCAUGCGCGAAGCUGGCCACGAUGUUGUCGAAAGCGACCUUGCCGCCAUAUUCAAAGGCCUCGCAGACGGUGUCGCUGGACGCAUCGGCUGGAACGAAUUCCUAGCUGCGCUCCUAUGCAAACGCAUGACCUUCCAGGAAAAUCAACUGCGCGAAAUCUUCAAGAAACUCGACACCAACAACGAAGGCAAAAUCUCAGCCAACGUUCUCAAAACUGCACUCCGGGGCACCCAAAAAAUUAACAACGAACAAUUCGAAGACGACCUCGAAAAAAUCAGUCCAGAUGGCUUCAUUGACUUCUACGAUUUCGUCGCAAUGAUGACGCCUGAACAAUUCAACGAAACAUAA